UAAUCUACGGCUAUGUUCCAAAAUUAAUUGUGAGGACUAAAAAAUAUACAGUGCACGUCACGUAAAUUAUAGAUUUCCAACGCUGCAGUAAAAACUUAGAACAUAACCUAUGAUACGAAUUUUCGCUAGAUUACAUGCGAGCUAGUAAUUUACUAGAAUUAUCCCAUAGAGCGAACAGAGUGUCUAGUAAUAUCAGAAUCGCACGCGAUCCCGGCACCCCCGAAUAGAGAUCGUGCCGGGUGCCGUUCGCCACACGAUAUACGUACAGCGUACAUUUGUAUGUAGAGCGUGGUGCGUUCAAUUGUUUCCAAUAUUCGUGGGUGGUGCGCGACGGACGAGCAAGAAGCGCGCGACGAACGGCGGCGCCUUUACUCUCGCCAGCCGGGCAUGCGAAGGAGCGCGAAAGCGGAGCGGCGAAAGCGUGCGGCGCGGCGCGGCGAGAUUUCGCUCCCGUUUCCGCCGCCGUCCUCGUUCCCGUCGUCGUCUACGUCGCAUCCUCGUUCCUAUUCUGGCGAGUCUAUCGUUCCCGGUCAUUCGGCGCGGCAGUAGUGAGGUAGAGUCGGCCGUCGGGCUCCUUGUCGACCGACGCCGCGCGUGACGCUCCGAAAUCCGGCGCGUCCGACGUUCGUCGAUAGGCGCUGCUCUCCGGCGAGGCGAAGUAUCCUCGGGUACACGCACGACGAACGUACACCUGUGCUCGUGGUGUACUUCGUGCUCGUUCCUCCGUUCGUACGUGUACUCGCUCGCUCGUUCGCUACUCCCGCUCGCGGCCGAGAAUGACAUAUCGCGACGCGCGGGCGACGCGCGACGACCACGCACGCACCGGGAGGAGCGUCGUCGAGCAGGAGCAACGCGGCUGCGACGGUUGAGGAGACAGGAGGAGAGGGUGAUAGAGAAAGAGGAAGAAAAUUUGGAAAACAGACUCCUCGUGUGAAUCGCGUUCGGCUGCGCUUCCUUCGGGACAAUGGCAAUCUCGAGCUGGAUGAUGUGGGGCAGAAGCCUACGCACCGGUCGAUCCCGCCGAAGUCGUCAAGACGAAGACAACUGCGUGCAGCUCGAUCUGUCAAGAGGAUUAAAGGAGAAUGUCAAGGAGGUCUUGACUAAUCUUUGCCAGCGUCAGACUGUUCCAAGUGUAAAGAAGCUAGCAUAUCUCAAUGCUAUUGUUAAGUUAAUUAACGAAACUGCUUCUCAAUAUUAUGGCUACUCUGCGGAUGAUCUCUUCUGUUGUUUACGCGUGGCGCUGGUUCAUGAGGCGACGCAGGUACGUGCUGCCGCGUUACGGGCGGUGCGUUACAUGCUCAAGAAGGAACAAGACGUCAUUGCGAUUAACAAGCUGCAAUACCCGUACUUCUUGGCGCGUAGCAUGGACGUUAAUCUGCGAAACGAGAUGGAAAGGAUACAGGCUCUCCGGCUUGUCAGGAGGAUUCUAGUAUUAGCGCCGAAGCAUUUCAGUUCUGUGCUAGCGAGAUCUUUGAUCAGUUUGACAAACGGUGGCAUAGAGGAGAGGGAUCGUGCAUUUAAAGCGUUUCUGGCAACCCUAUGCGAAUUGGGUGUCUUGAACUCAAAUCUGCUGAUAAGCUGCGGCGGCGUCGGGGCGCUGGCCAGAGCUGCAAUGACCGGGCAAAGCCCCGUCGCGGUCGAGUCCGUCGUCGGGGUGUUGCUGCGACUACUGAACAAUCCUGAUACGCGCGGUAGCGUCUCCUUGCUAUGCUUCGCCGCGCCUUACUGCGAGCUCCAUUCUUUGAGCAUGGAGAGAACCAAGGAGGAGCGCGAGCAGAGAUUCGCCGCUAGUAAAUUGGCCCUGCUGAGUAUUCUGCGCUCAUAUCCGGGCAUUCUUCAUUUUUGCCGACCAGACAACAAUUCGGGUCUCAAGGCCAUCGCGGAUAUCCUGUACGUGGACCAACUAGAAGUGCGUGGCGCCGUUUUGGAGCUGCUUUACGAGCUACUGGACUUGCCGUUACCCACAUGGACUGACGAGCCAGAUGUUGCACUAGCUGCAGUGGAUCCCAGCAGAUCGCGGGACUCAUGGAAAUUAUCGGAGGGCUUCGUCGCUGCCGAGGGAAAAUCCAUACUGCCAUCCCUGUCGCACUGUCCCAACAUCACGGAGAUACACUCGGCAUUGUUGGUCUACGUCCUUCUGGAGUGCGGCUUGCAUCGUGCUCUCGCGGAGACCAUCGUCUCCAGCGACACGUUCAUCUCGGUGCGUGCGGCGGUACUUCUGGGCGCGUUGCUGCAUCUCGCGCACUCGCUUCUACCGUCCGAGCUUUGUGAUCUUACGCCGCCAUUGCCGAAUCUACUGGAACAUGCAAGCGCCGGUAAGCAUCAGGCAUUGGCGGCGGUUACCAUACUUGAGCGGAUGCACACCAUGAUGCGACGUAGACCGACUCCGGCGAGUCUCUUUCUCGAUCGUAUCCUUCAAGCAGGCACUUGGCUACGUCCGAUCGUACCGCGACGUCAACGGCCGUCCGCCAGGCAUUGGCUGCGAAUUGGCAGGGAAUCGCCGAUCACGCCCAUGCUGAAAGACGCGCAGGUGCUCAGCUCGAAGGACGCUCUUGCCUGGAACUGGCCAGUGGUACGAGCAAUUCUACGAUCGCGUGAAGAUGCGACACGGAUUCUUCACGAUUCCGAUCACCGAUUGUUCAUGAAGCGGCUCGUGCGUUACUUUAAACCAUCGUGGAACGGUUAUAGCAGAGUUGAGCUGGGUACGAGCGCAACGUUGGCGCGCGAGGCUACUCUCGCCGGUUGCGAUCUAUUGAACUGUUUGUUGGAACUUCACGAACCGGAAGGUGCGCGAUUACUCAACGAGUUGAUCGGGGAUAUCGCUGAGCAGAUUAACAACAUUACUACUGCCGAAUCCGCACAUGAUUGUUUAUUCUCACCGCGUCACAUGUCCACCACGUGUUGCCAGAAGUACUUUCUGUUUCUCGGCCAGCUGAGCCACUCGGCCAAAGGUACGGUGGUACUCAAGAGCUUCAAUUUGCUGGAAAAAUUGCAGGAGCUUGCGUUGGCCACUAAUCACGACUGCUAUGUCAAGCUGAUCGUUUCUAGCUUGGAUUACUCCCGAGAUGGUCCCAAUAGGAAGGUAUUGAGCAAGAUCAUUUCCGAGGCAACAUUGUGGAGUACGCGUCUCUACGCUACGCAGUUCCUACGGCUGAUUCUCCGCGCCAGAAUGACAGAUGCCGUGCAUUGGGCGAUGACAUUGCUGGCAGAUCGAUUGUCUGAUAGCUACACAGCCGUGGCAUUAGCCGCUCUGGAGGCGCUACAUGAGGCCUGCGACGAGCUCGAAUAUCUGGAGGCGUUGCUGCAACAAGGCGGACAGUCGCGCGAUUGGGACAAGUGGCUACAACACCUGGGUGAUAAGGGUUAUUUGUUAAAGAUUCGACUUUACUCUCUUCAGCAGGGUUUCACAAGUCUCGCCGCACCUUCGGAGGAAUUGGAGAAAUGGAUCGGACCUGGCGGUUUCGCCGAGAGAUACGUCGGCCUCGUAGAAGGGGAAAUACAUGAUGCCCUUACGUGUCGUCAACGCGACGAAACCGGGAGCUAUCAGAGGAGGCCCACUAAUGACGUCGUGAUGACGCCGCGCAAUAUCUUCGUAUUACCACAUCUGAUUGGCCAACUGGCGCAACAUGAUCUGGGGAUGCAAUUGCUACUACGUCGUAAUGUGAUACAGCGUUUCGCUCGAGUGUUGCAGCGAUUCAAACUGGAGUUUGGCGGUCGCGAGUCAGAAUCCAAUUCACGGUGUACUAGGACGAGCCGUCUGGUCGCGGCGGCGGCGACAACGAUGACCUCCGCUGCUGCUGACGAUAUCUGCAUCAUGUCAGAGGAAUCCGGCGUGGAGGAAGUUAUGGAGCAAUCCAGCCGUCUCGAAACCAUCCCCGAUUACGAAACGAUGGAAAAUGAAGCUCGUGACACGGUGAGCCAACCGCGAACGGAAUCGCUGAUGGAGAUCCGUCGUAAGACCAGCGUGGACGAUUCCAGACACACCACUCCGGAGCGAAGCUGGAGGUUGGAGACCGAGUCAUCGCGCGACGAUUUCGUCGGUCCGAAUGGCGGCAUUCUCAAAGUGAAAUCAGCUCUCUGGGCCCUUGGCCACGCAGGCACGUCUGUCGCGGGCGUCGAACAUUUAAGUCACUUGGGAAUCAUCGAGAUGAUUACAUCUAUGGCAGAAACGUGUCCGUAUUACUCGGUACGCGCCACAGCUAUGUACGCCCUCAGUCUAAUCGGUACCACGCGCGCCGGAGCCGACACGCUGGUGAGUUUCAAUUGGCCGUGCGUCAGACAUCGACGUGGCGAUAACUGGCCCGUGGUACCACCCUCGAGUAGGUACCCCAUGCCAAGUCCCAUCCCAGUGCAGCGACAUCAUCGUAGUCUCAGCGACGGCAAACCUGAAUUGCUCGAGCCGAUCAUACGCCGAACUAGGAAUCGAUCUGAGAGCGCGGCAACGGAUCUCGAGGCGCGACGAUAUUUUCUUUCAGAGAGAGGCGAAACUCCAAGUCCCGUUUCGAGUAUUCAAAGACUAAGCCAACAAGAUGCUGAAGGAUACGCGCGACUACGUAGUUUACAACGUCACCGCAGGCCGAGUUAUUCUCAAAGUAGUUUAGAAAUGUACAGUUUAGAUGGCCGUCUAUCAUUACAAAGUCUGUCAGAAUACGAUUCAUCCCGCAGCUGGAUUGCGGAGAAUACGGUCCUCACACCGACGCCACCUCCUCUGGAGGAUGAUAAUGAAAAUUUAUACUACAUGGGUAUCUCUCUGCCGAGGAAGCUGCUUACCAUUUUCCCCGAACUACCUCAACCAUCGCAGCCGACUAUCUUUGAGGAUAGUACCAAGUCUGAGUUGGAGACAACAGAGAUCGAUGACGAAUCUAGUUCAGAGUGCGAUGUUGAUACCGAGCAUUGUCGCUCAUGUCUUGUUUGUUAUAACAAUAAAAAUGGCAGGGAUGCUGGCACGGAACAAGAUAUGAAAUUGCGGAGAGAAAUACUUAGGCACACUCAACGGCUUGCAAAUCCAGUAUGGUAUCGUCACAGUCGUCAAUCUUUACUUAGACUGAGGCAGCGGUAUCCCGAGAAAUUUCAGGAUACCUGCUUGUUUUCGGAUGUGGCUGCUCGCUUAGGCAGCAGUACGUACAGAAUGCCAGCGCGGCGAUUUCUGCAAGAAUUGUUUUUGGAUUCUCCAUUCGAUGCACUCUACGUUGAACCAAUCAACAUUCUAAAGAUUCCAAUUGGCACAGAGGAGAAUCCUCUACAAUCAACUGUUCCUAGCUCCGAGGCUAGUCCUCGACAGCAGUCUGUAAGUUCUGCGGAGGGCAAGAUUAAUGGAAGACUUACUCUGACUGAGAUACAAACGGCGCAACUGGCGUCGGUUGCCGAAGAGAGUUCCUCGGCGGGCGGUGGUGACGGUGGUGGCGAGUCAUGUACUAUGGGGCAUCAAUGUAAGAAGAAGCCUCCGGAGACGGUACGUUCAUCGCAGGAACGACGCACCGACGAAAAGAUCAUUGCCGAAAUUCUGAAGCCGGAAGAGCGAAUACGUUUGUCAAAGAGUUCUGAUAGGUCGUUAAAAAUAUCAGGUACAAACACUGCCAUCAGCCUUGAUUCUUAGUUUUCGAAUCCUCGAUCGCGACUGCACGCGUGUGCAUGCGUGCGUGCGUAUGCAUACCGUGCGUAUGUCGUAUGCUGUGUGUACAUAUUUUGUAAAAUGAUAUGAUAUAUAGAAAUAAAUACACAAAACACACACACACACA